GUGAAGUGUGGCCCUUCACCUGAAGGGGCCCCCCUAGCUAAAGGGCCAGGUGAAGGGUCAGCUAAAGGGCCAGGUGAAGGGCCAGCUAAAGGGUCAGCUAAAGGGCCAGGUGAAGGGUCAGCUAAAGGGUCAGGUGAAGGGUCAGCUAAAGGGCCAGGUGAAGGGUCAGCUAAAGGGUCAGGUGAAGGGUCAGCUAAAGGGUCAGGUGAAGGGUCAGCUAAAGGGCCAGCUAAAGGGCCAGCUAAAGGGCCAGCUAAAGGGUCAGCUAAAGGGCCAGCUAAAGGGUCAGCUAAAGGGCCAGCUAAAGGGUCAGCUAAGGGCCAGCUAAAGGGCCAGGUAAAGGGUCAUCUAAAGGGCCAGGUGAAGGGUCAGCUAAAGGGCCAGGUGAAGGGUCAGCUAAAGGGCCAGGUAAAGGGUCAGCUAAAGGGCCAGGUGAAGGGUCAGCUAAAGGGCCAGGUGAAGGGUCAGCUAAAGGGCCAGGUGAAGGGUCAGCUAAAGGGCCAGGUGAAGGGUCAUCUAAAGGGCCAGGUGAAGGGUCAGCUAAAGGGCCAGGUGAAGGGCCAGCUAAAGGGCCAGGUGAAGGGCCAGGUGAAGGGCCAGAUGAAGGGCCAGGUGAAGGGUCAUCUAAAGGGCCAGCUAAAGGGCCAGCUAAAGGGCCAGGUGAAGGGUCAUCUAAAGGGCCAGGUGAAGGGCCAGCUAAAGGGCCAGGUGAAGGGCCAGGUGAAGGGCCAGAUGAAGGGUCAUCUAAAGGGCCAGGUGAAGGGUCAGCUAAAGGGCCAGGUGAAGGGCCAGCUAAAGGGCCAGGUGAAGGGUCAUCUAAAGGGCCAGGUGAAGGGUCAUCUAAAGGGCCAGGUGAAGGGUCAGCUAAAGGGCCAGGUGAAGGGCCAGCUAAAGGGCCAGGUGAAGGGCCAGCUAAAGGGCCAGGUAAAGGGCCAGCUAAAGGGCCAGGUGAAGGGUCAUCUAAAGGGCCAGGUGAAGGGUCAUCUAAAGGGCCAGGUGAAGGGUCAUCUAAAGGGCCAGGUGAAGGGUCAUCUAAAGGGCCAGGUGAAGGGUCAUCUAAAGGGCCAGGUGAAGGGCCAGCUAAAGGGCCAGGUGAAGGGUCAUCUAAAGGGCCAGGUGAAGGGCCAGCUAAAGGGCCAGCUAAAGGGCCAGGUGAAGGGUCAUCUAAAGGGCCAGGUGAAGGGUCAUCUGAAGGGCCAGGUGAAGGGCCAGCUAAAGGGCCAGGUGAAGGGUCAUCUAAAGGGCCAGGUGAAGGGCCAGCUAAAGGGCCAGGUGAAGGGCCAGCUAAAGGGCCAGGUGAAGGGCCAGCUAAAGGGCCAGGUGAAGGGCCAGCUAAAGGGCCAGGUGAAGGGCCAGCUAAAGGGCCAGGUGAAGGGCCAGCUAAAGGGCCAGGUGAAGGGCCAGGUGAAGGGCCAGCUAAAGGGCCAGGUGAAGGGCCAGCUAAAGGGCCAGGUGAAGGGCCAGCUAAAGGGCCAGGUGAAGGGCCAGCUAAAGGGCCAGGUGAAGGGCCAGCUAAAGGGCCAGGUGAAGGGCCAGGUGAAGGGCCAGGUGAAGGGCCAGGUGAAGGGUCAGCUAAAGGGCCAGGUGAAGGGUCAGCUAAAGGGCCAGGUGAAGGGUCAGCUAAAGGGCCAGGUGAAGGGUCAGCUAAAGGGCCAGGUGAAGGGUCAGCUAAAGGGCCAGGUGAAGGGUCAGCUAAAGGGCCAGGUGAAGGGUCAGCUAAAGGGCCAGGUGAAGGGUCAGCUAAAGGGCCAGGUGAAGGGUCAGCUAAAGGGCCAGGUGAAGGGUCAGCUAAAGGGCCAGGUGAAGAGUCAGCUAAAGGGCCAGGUAAAGGGUCAUCUAAAGGGCCAGGUAAAGGGUCAUCUAAAGGGCCAGGUGAAGGGCCAGCUAAAGGGCCAGGUGAAGGGUCAUCUAAAGGGCCAGGUGAAGGGCCAGGUGAAGGGCCAGGUGAAGGGCCAGGUGAAGGGCCAGGUGAAGGGUCAGCUAAAGGGCCAGGUGAAGGGUCAGCUAAAGGGCCAGAUGAAGGGUCAGCUAAAGGGCCAGGUGAAGGGUCAGCUAAAGGGCCAGGUGAAGGGUCAGCUAAAGGGCCAGGUAAAGGGUCAUCUAAAGGGCCAGGUGAAGGGCCAGGUGAAGGGUCAGCUAAAGGGCCAGGUAAAGGGUCAGCUAAAGGGCCAGGUAAAGGGUCAUCUUAAGGGCCAGGUGAAGGGUCAGUUAAAGGGCCAGGUGAAGGGUCAGCUAAAGGGCCAGGUAAAGGGUCAGCUAAAGGGCCAAGUAAAGGGUCAUCUAAAGGGCCAGGUGAAGGGCCAGCUAAAGGGCCAGGUGAAGGGUCAUCUAAAGGGCCAGGUGAAGGGCCAGCUAAAGGGCCAGGUGAAGGGUCAUCUAAAGGGCCAGGUGAAGGGCCAGCUAAAGGGCCAGGUGAAGGGCCAGCUAAAGGGCCAGGUGAAGGGCCAGCUAAAGGGCCAGGUGAAGGGCCAGCUAAAGGGCCAGGUGAAGGGCCAGCUAAAGGGCCAGGUGAAGGGCCAGCUAAAGGGCCAGGUGAAGGGCCAGCUAAAGGGCCAGGUGAAGGGCCAGCUAAAGGGCCAGGUGAAGGGUCAUCUAAAGGGCCAGGUGAAGGGUCAUCUGAAGGGCCAGGUGAAGGGCCAGCUAAAGGGCCAGGUGAAGGGUCAGCUAAAGGGCCAGGUGAAGGGUCAUCUAAAGGGCCAGGUGAAGGGUCAUCUAAAGGGCCAGGUGAAGGGUCAUCUAAAGGGCCAGGUGAAGGGUCAGCUAAAGGGCCAGGUGAAGGGCCAGCUAAAGGGCCAGGUGAAGGGUCAGCUAAAGGGCCAGGUGAAGGGUCAUCUAAAGGGCCAGGUGAAGGGUCAUCUAAAGGGCCAGGUGAAGGGCCAGCUAAAGGGCCAGGUGAAGGGCCAGCUAAAGGGCCAGGUGAAGGGUCAGCUAAAGGGCCAGGUGAAGGGUCAUCUAAAGGGCCAGGUGAAGGGUCAUCUAAAGGGCCAGGUGAAGGGUUCAUCUAAAGGGCCAGGUGAAGGGUCAUCUGAAGGGCCAGGUGAAGGGUUAGAUGAAAGAUACCAUAUAAAUGGUCAGGAGAACCAUAUAAAUGGUCAGAGGAACCAUAUAAAUGAUCAGGAGAAGAACCAUAUAAAUGGUCAGGAGAACCAUAUGAAUGGUCAGGAGAAGAACCAUAUAAAUGGUCAGAGGAACCAUUUAAAUGAUCAGAAGAACCAUAUAAAUGGUCAGAAGAACCAUAUAAAUGGUCAGGCGAAGAGCCAUAUGAAUGGUCAGGCGAAGAACCAAAUAAACGGUCAGGCAAAGAACCAUAUAAAUGGUCAGGCGAAGAACCAUAUAAAUGGUCAGGCGAAGAACCAUAUAAAUGGCCAGGAGAAGAACCAUAUAAAUGUCCAGGAGAAGAACCAUAUAAAUGGUCAGGAGAAGAACCAUAUAAAUGGUCAGAAGAACCAUAUAAAUGGUCAGGAGAAGAACCAAAUAAAUGGUCAGGCAAAGAACCAUAUAAAUGGUCAGGCAAAGAACCAUAUAAAUGGUCAGGCGAAGAACCAUAUGAAUGGCCAGGAGAAGAACCAUAUAAAUGGCCAGGAGAAGAACCAUAUAAAUGGUCAGGAGAAGAACCAUAUAAAUGGCCAGGUCAAAGAGCCGUUGUUAAAUUGCAGUGUCCAUGUCAACAUCGCUCAAGAACAAGACAAACGCACUCGGGACAACUAA